AUGUCAGAGCUGAAAGCAAAGGAUCCCCGCGCUCCCCACGUGGCAGGCGGCGCGCCCUCCCGGACCGGGCUCGCCGGGCCCCCGCCGGCCGGCCUCGCGCUGCCCCUGGACGGGCUGCUCUUCCCGCGCCCCGAGCCGCCGAGCGCCGAGCCCCCCGGCUGCAGGGCCCCUGAGAAGGACGGCGGGCUGCUGGACAGCGUCCUGGACUCGCUGCUGGCCCCCGCCGGCCGCGCGCACAGCCACCCCGGCCCGGCCUCCGGCGAGCCCGAGGGCGCCUGGAGCCUCUUCGGGCCCGAGCUGCCGGCCGAGCCCCGAACCGCCCCCGCCGGCUGCGCCCCGCGCCCCGAGCCCAUGAGCCGGCCAGAGGGCAAGGCGCUGCCCCGGGGGCUGUCGCCGUCCCGCCCGCCGCUGCCGCCGGGGCCCGGGAGCCCCCCGUGGGUCCGCACCGCCCCGAAGCCCCCGCCGCCGCCUGCCGUGGUGGAGCUGGAGGAGGAGGAGGACGACGAGCAGGAGGAAGACACGGAGGAGGAGGAGGAGGAGGUCGCCGGCGAGCCCCGGGACCCCGCGGGGCCGCCGCCGCUCAAGGGCAAGGCGCGGCCUCCCGCAGACCCGGGCCCCAAGGACGACGCCCGCUUCCCCGCGGCCCGGGCGGCACCCGCCGAGGCCGAGCGCGCCCCGCUGGCCGGCGCCGUGGUGGACGUGAUCCACCUGCCCAUCGUGCCGCUCGGCCAGGCCUUCCUGGCGGCGCGGACGCGGCAGCUGCUGGAGGACGACGGGAUGGACGGCGCCGCCCCCGGGCCCCCGCGCGCCUCGCCCCCCGCGCCCGCCGCGCCCGCCGCCGACUUCCCCGACUGCGCCUUCGCGCCCGACGAGCCCAAGGACAACGUGUUCCCGCUGUACGGCGACUUCCCGCCGCUCAAGAUCAAGGAGGAGGAGGAGGGCGGCCGGGCGGCCGGGCGCUCCCCGCGCCCCUACCUGCUGGCCGCCGCGCCCCCCGCCGUCUUCGCCGACUUCCCGCUGCCCCCACGCGCGACGCCCGCCCGGGCCGGGGAGCUGCUAGCGGCGGGGCCCGCGGGCGCGGCGGGCUUGGCGGGCUUGGCGGGCUUGGCGGGCGCGGCGGCGCCGGGGCCCGGCCUGGAGGGGCUGCUGUACAAGGCGGAGGCCGCGCCCCCGCCCGGCCCGUGCGCGCCGCCGCCCGCCAGGACCCCGGGGGCCGCCUGCCUGCUGCCCGCCGCGCCCGCCGCGCCCGUUGCGCCCGCCGCGCCGCCCGGGUCCGGGCCCGCGCUCUACCCGCCGCUCGGCCUCAACGCGCUCCCGCCGCUCGGCUACCAGGCCGCGGUGCUCAAGGACGCGCUGCCGCAGGUCUACCCGCCCUUCCUCGGCUACCUGAGGCCGGAUUCGGAAGCCAGCCAGAGCCCACAGUACAGCUUCGAGUCUUUGCCUCAGAAGAUUUGCUUGAUCUGCGGGGACGAGGCGUCGGGCUGUCACUAUGGCGUCCUCACCUGCGGGAGCUGCAAGGUCUUCUUCAAAAGGGCCAUGGAAGGGCAGCAUAACUAUUUAUGUGCUGGAAGAAAUGACUGCAUUGUCGAUAAAAUCCGCAGGAAAAACUGCCCUGCGUGCCGCCUGAGGAAGUGCUGCCAGGCCGGCAUGGUUCUCGGAGGCCGAAAGUUUAAAAAAUUCAGUAAAGUCAGAGUUAUGCGAGCUCUCGACGGAGUCACCCUGCCACAGCCAGUGGGCAUUUCUAACGAAAGCCAAGCCUUAAGCCAGAGACUCACCUUCUCGCCGAGUCAAGACAUACUGCUGCCCCCGCUCAUCAGCCUGCUGAUGAGCAUCGAGCCGGACAUGGUGUACUCAGGGCACGACAACUCCAAGCCUGACACCGCCAGCUCCCUGCUGACCAGCCUCAACCAUCUCGGUGAGAGGCAGCUCCUUUCAGUUGUCAAGUGGUCUAAAUUACUACCAGGCUUUCGAAACUUGCAUAUUGAUGACCAGAUAACACUCAUCCAGUAUUCGUGGAUGAGCUUGAUGGUGUUUGGACUGGGCUGGAGAUCCUACAAGCAUGUGAGCGGGCAGAUGUUGUACUUUGCUCCUGAUCUCAUCUUGGAUGAACAGCGGAUGAAGGAAUCAUCCUUCUAUUCGUUAUGCCUUACAAUGUGGCAGAUCCCACAGGAGUUUGUGAAACUCCAGGUGAGCCAGGAAGAAUUCCUCUGCAUGAAAGUAUUACUUCUUCUGAAUACAAUUCCUUUGGAAGGACUGAGAAGUCAAAGCCAAUUUGAAGACAUGAGAACAAGCUACAUCAGAGAGCUCAUCAAGGCAAUUGGUUUGAGGCAGAAAGGAGUCGUCUCCAGCUCACAGCGCUUCUACCAACUCACAAAAUUUCUUGAUAGUUUGCAUGAUCUGGUCAAACAACUUCAUCUGUACUGCUUAAAUACAUUUAUCCAGUCCCGAUCACUAAGUGUCGAAUUUCCAGAGAUGAUGUCUGAAGUCAUUGCUGCACAGUUACCCAAGAUCUUGGCAGGGAUGGUGAAACCUCUUCUCUUUCAUAAAAAGUGAACGCUAUUUUUAUCUUUUAAAAAAAAAAGUCAAAUUUUGUGGUAUGCUUUUUUGUUUUGGUCAGGAUUAUGAAGUCUUGAGUAUUUACGAUGUUUUCUUGAAGCCUUACAUUUAUAACAUCAUAAUGUGUACAUUUCAGAGAAACUUGUGAGGUUUUAUUUCCCUUUAUAAAACAUAAUUGGAAUUUCUAAAGUGUUUUGUGUACCCAUAUUUUUCUUUAAAUGUUUAUAAGAUUGAAAAUGUGCUAAAGCUGAUUGUUUAAGUAAACUAAUUCUCAACCACAUUGUUUCAUACCAUAUAGGAGAUUUUUAACUUUUGCAUCUAAAAAUCUUCCCUUUAAAGGAAAAAAAAAAAUUACCAUAACAUGCAUGUUCCUCUAGGUAGCCCCCUUCGCCUUCACUAUAUUUACAAAAAUGGACCUUUAAAAUGGUAUGCAAGUUUUUAUCUACAAGAUGCUUGUAUAUAGAUUUUUGUGAGGAGGAACUUUACAGCCAUCACUAGGUUUUAACAAAGAUUUGUCAUGCAAAAACUAUAGUACAAAAGAAUUUAUAGUACCUGCUGCCAUAGACUUUUUUUUAACUAGGAACAACAUCAGCCCCUAAAUUGACUGUUUCCCAGAUUGGAAACACAAACAUCGAAAGAGGUUAUUAUGAAUGCAUAGCACCAGGGCCAGGUGGUGGCACACCUGGUUAAGCGCACACAUUACAGUGCAUAAGGACACAGGUCUCCUUGUCCCCACCUGCAGGGGGAAAGCUUCACAAGUGGUGAAGCAGGGCUGUAGGUGUCUCUCUGUCUCUCUCCCGCUCUCCUUCCCCCUCCCCUCUCAAUUUUUCUGUCUCUAUCCAAUAAUAAAUGAAUGCAUAGCAUCAUAUCAUUAUGCUAACAGUAAGAUGGGAUUUCUAGAGCUUUUUGCUAGGCUUUUGGAGGAGGAGUUUUCAGGAAUGCAAUUUUGUUCUUGUUGUUUUCCUUUUCUUACAGAACACUUUGAGUUCUGAUUAAUGGUGGUGCUGGGGAUUGAAUUUGGGACCUUUGGUGCCUGAGGCAUGCAAAGCUUUUUGUAUAACCGUUAUGCUAUCUCCCCAGCCAGGGAGUUUUCAAGUAAAGCUUUAAAAAUUAGAAUAAGAAGUUAGGAAUGUCUAGUCUUUCUUUACCUUCUGGGGCUUGUGAAAAUCAUGAAUGCCAGUGAUUCUGGACCUUUCAACACUGGGGCAGUAGUAGCUUUCCUGUAGAAUUCCCCUUCUAGCCAGAGCUCU